AUGAAAGUUUCAGCGUGCCAUAGUAUUCAAACGCUCCACUUUCUUGUAUCUUUCCAGGCCUGUUCCUCAGAAGACAGCCUUUCUUUCACGUGUCUAUUGGAUGGUGAAUGGAUUGACUUGAAAUAUUCUGAUGACGAUGACGAUGUGGAAGAAGAAAAGACCCUAGCCACAGUUGAAGCACAUCUCUCUGCUUUAUUAAAUAUUCCAGUCGAUCUCUUAACAGUCAGGCUCGGUCAAAUGUGUUUCACUUCAUUGGAUUUACGGCGAAAAGACUACGAUCUCGAACCGCUAAUUGCUGCUGAAUAUUUAUAUUUAAAGACAAGACCAUAUAAUCAAAAUUCAACCAUAGACAAGGAAAUUGAAUUCAGAAUCGAAAUAAUGCACACCAGACAAUAUCCCAUGGUCAUUCGCUGUAGUAAUCAGAUAACUGUCAAAGAACUGAAGCAAAUUAUUCGAGAUAAAAAAGGCUAUGAUGUAAGUGAACAAACAUUGGAAGACAUGUCAUACACAAUGUACGAUAGCAUGAAACUGUCUAAUUACCAGAUUACAGAUUAUUCAUCGAUUAGAUUGAUCAGAAGAUAUUUAUCAGUUCGAAAUGAGACAGAAAGUGGUAAGUCAGAGAUUAAUGAUGCCAGCCACAAGUAG